AUGAGCGGCAAGGACUACGUGCAGACCUUCGGCCGCAAGAAGAAUGCCGUGGCUGUGGCCACCAUCCGGAAGGGCAAGGGCCUGCUGAGGGUCAAUGGAGCCCCUCUGGACAUCUUGGAGCCGGCAGUCCUCCGCAUCAAGGUCUGGGAGCCUGUGCUGGUGUUGGGUGCCAGGCGCUUCCAGGAGGUGGAUAUCCGGGUCCGCGUGAAGGGAGGAGGCACGACCAGCCAGAUCUACGCCAUCCGGCAGGCCAUCGCCAAGGGCAUUGUCGCCCACUACCAGAAGAACGUCGACGAGGAGCAGAAGAGGGAGGUCAAGGAAGCCCUCCUGAACUACGACCGGAACCUGUUGGUGGCAGAUCCCCGCCGCUGCGAGCCCAAGAAGUUCGGCGGCCCGGGCGCCCGCACUAGGGUUCAGAAGAGCUAUAGGUGA